AUGGAAGAUUUGCAUUGGGAUAAUAUUAAUGCAAUUCCAUUUGAUUAUGAGUGGGAUAAUAAUGAUGCGUUUUGCCUAAGUGCAGAAGAAGAAGAAAUCAUAUCCGGCGUGAAAUCGUCGCAAAAACCCGACGCUUCCAAGGGAAUCGUCACAAAAGAAGUAGCGGCGGCGGAGAAACAGUACGUGGGGGUACGAAAGCGGGCGUGGGGGAAAUACGCGGCGGAGAUUCGAGAUUCGACGAGGAACGGAAUGAGAGUGUGGCUUGGGACCUUCGACAACGCCGAGGAUGCCGCAUUGGCUUACGACCAAGCCGCAUUCUUGAUCCGAGGCCCCAAAACCUACCUUAAUUUCCCGUCGGAGAGGGUCCGGAAAUCGUUGCAGGAAAUCAAGUGUAGCUGCAAGUCUGGGUCGUCGCCGGUGGAUGCCCUAAAGGAGAACAACAAGAAGAGAUCGUGUAGCAGCAACUCCACAACAUUCGAUGGUACGAGGAGCAAAAGAUCGGUUAAGAAAAACAAUCAUGUCGUGGUGUUUGAGGAUUUGGGUCCUGAGCUCUUGGAUCAGCUUUUGUCCCAAAGUUCAGAUUCUACCACCUGCAAUCACCACUCCAGCAGACGGUAG